AGCGCGAGGGCGGUAGCAAGUACCAGAGCCUCUGUGAGACAGCAGCGAAAAACACUAAUGACCCAGCAUGAGGAGCCAGUCAUUCCACUAACAUGGACAAGUACGAAAAGGUGAAGAAAAUUGGGGAAGGUUCAUUUGGAAAGGCCGUCCUUGUCAAAUCCAAAGAGGAUGGACACCAAUAUGUCAUCAAGGAGAUUGGCAUAUCUGGAAUGUCGAGUAAAGAGAGGCAGGAAUCUCGAAAAGAGGUUGCCGUUCUUGCCAACAUGAGUCAUCCCAACAUUGUCCAGUAUAAGGAGUCUUUUGAAGAGGGGGGCUGCUUGUAUAUUGUGAUGGACUACUGUGAGGGAGGAGACCUCUUCAAGAAGAUCAACUCACAGAAAGGAGUACUGUUCUCAGAAGAGCAAAUCUUGGAUUGGUUCGUGCAGAUUUGCCUGGCCCUGAAACAUGUACAUGAUCGAAAAAUCCUCCACAGGGACAUUAAAUCACAGAACAUUUUUUUGACAAAAGAUGGGACUGUACAGCUUGGGGACUUUGGAAUUGCAAGGGUGCUGAACAGCACUGUAGAAUUGGCAAGAACAUGUAUAGGAACGCCAUAUUACCUAUCACCAGAGAUUUGCGAAAACAAACCGUACAACAACAAAAGUGAUAUUUGGGCCCUAGGGUGUGUCCUAUAUGAAAUGUGCACUCUUAAGCAUGCAUUUGAGGCUGGCAACAUGAAAAACCUAGUUCUGAAGAUCAUCCGUGGCUCGUACCCUCCCGUGUCUGUUCACUACUCCCAAGAACUACGCUCUCUCUUGGCGCAGCUUUUUAAACGCAACCCUCGAGAGAGGCCCUCAGUCAGCAGCAUACUAGACAAACCUUUCCUGACCUGUAGGAUAGAGAGGUUCCUCACACCACAGAUCAUUGCUCAGGAAUUCCACCAUACUUUUCUUCACAAGCAGCCUAAAGUUGGUGUGGUGCAGGGGCCACCAGCUAAGCGUUCUGCCCCUGGCUCCAUACCACUUGUUCCAGCUCAGAAGAUUACCAAACCAGCCAGCAAAUAUGGAGUGCCUUUAACUGUGAGGAAGGUGUCAGAUGCAGCCAAAAAGCCUGCAGAGAGGAAACCAGCAGUAAAGCAUAAGCCGGCCCCUCUCCCAGCAGCCCCCCAGAGAAGAGUGAGUCAAGUGGAGCAAGAGAGGAAAAAACACGAGGAUGGCAUCAGAAAGAAAAGAAUGGAGCUGAUUGAGAAAGAAAGGAAACAAAGAGAGCAGAUAUUCCUGUUGAAAGCGGACCAAAUGAAGAGAUAUGAAAAGGAAAAGAUCAAUCGCAUAAACCAAGCCAGAGAACAAGGCUGGAAACAUGUCUUGAGUUCUAGUGGAGGUAGCAGCCCAGAGAGGAAGUGUUAUGUAGGUGGUAGAAAGAGGGUUGUCCCGACCUCUGUUCAGGGACCUACUCCAGCCCCUGUCCCAAGUAAAAGCUCAUAUGAACACUACCAUGCUGCUCUGGACCAAAUGGCUAAACCACAGCCCAAACUCAUCAGCAGGGAGGGAUCCUCAGCAGGACCAGGCAGUCCCAUUCGAAAUGUACCGGCUGCUGCCGGCCCAGUGCUGCCCAACGGCCCUGCCCGACUCCUAAACCAUGAUGCAAUCAGGAGAGAACUACAGAGGCUGCAGCACGUUUCUAAACAAGCUCAUUUUAGUAGGCAGUGUGGUCAGAUGGGUCCUGGACGUGCCUAUCAGGUCGAGGAGUUUUUACAGCGGAAGAGAGAAGCUAUGAUCAAUAAAGUUCGUGCUGAAGGACAGCUGGGUACUCGGCAGAACCUGGCUGCAAUCUAUGGAAGCCGGGCUGGUUCGAUUCGGUGCAGGAGGCCCAAAGCCAACAAAGAGGAGGAGGAGUACUUGUCAAGACUGAGGCAGAUCCGCCUGCAGAACUUCAAUGAACGUCAGCAGAUCAAAGCGCGACUCAGAGGAGAGAAGUAUGACAGUGAUGGUUCUGACAGCCAGGAGUCCAGUGAGGAGGCAGAGCUCAGGAGAAAGAAGAUUGAGGCUUUAAAAGCCCAAGCAAAUGCUCGUGCUGCUGUGCUGAAAGAGCAGCUAGAGAAAAAGAGGAAAGAAGCACACGAGAGAGAAAAGAGAGCUUGGGAGGACCAUCUUGCAGCUCGGGGGGUGAAGGUUGGCAUGGCAGCAGGUAACGUAGCAGUGGCAGCAGCAGUAGCAGUAUCAUCUACCUCUGACAGUCCUAUUCCACAGCCCAGUCCUUCUCAGCCAGACUCAGCUGCCAAAGCUCCAGCCCUGCCUGUAUCUCAACCCUCCGGCCCAGCCAUAUCCAUGACUGCUGCCCUGAAGAAUGUUGGAGCAAUUACUCCACUAAAAGAAAGCUUGCCUGAGCCAGAGACUGCCACGGUCAUCCAGAGUGAGAAAAAGCAGAUUCUGCGCAGACUUAACCAGAACCUAAAAGCCCAGAGUCCUGUGGAGGAGACUGAGGAGUCACCUGCAGCCCCAACAGAACCAAGUCCUGCUCCCCAACAGAGCCAGUCUGACACAGAGAAACGUCCCUCUUCAAAUGGAGACCGCAAGAAGUGGGAUGCAGCUGAACUGCCUGUACUUCCUGUUGCUCAGCGAACCUUAGAGGAAACCUGUGCCACAUCAACCGCCACCCCUGUAUCUCCAGAAGAUAGACCAUCUUCUGGUGGAGACAGGAAGAAGUGGGAGGCAGGAGUUCCACUUGUUCUCCCUGUAGCCCAACAAACUCUAGAGCAGACAUGCAUUACAACCAUUGAGCAAACAGCGGGUGAAGUUAUACAGAUGGGCGGGCUACAUGAAGAAGCCCCUAGGAAGGUGUGGGGAGUGAGUCCAGACUCUCAGGUGCUGAGAGUGCUUCAGGAGGCAGAGCUUCAGCCUCUCACCCAGCAGCUGGAGAAUGUCACCAUCUGUGAGGAAGACCUCUAUAGCCCUGAUAAGCCUAACCGGACAGCAACAGCUGAGAGUGCGAAGACACCUAAAGAAGUGUUGCCCUCUCAGCCAAUGCCGUCUGCUGUAGUUAAGAGCCCAGAUGUUCAGAAGGAGAGUGCACACAUCACAAAGGCCCCACAACUGGAAAUGUCUGUGGUCGGUGCAGUAGGAAGAGUGAUAGUGCCACCCAACCUUACUGAGACUCAGGAUCCAGCAGACGUGGAGUCAUUGGUUUUGGACGAGACACCUAAACAGGCCUCACGUCCCCCAGCUGGUGUGCAGCAGGCAUGGGAACAGGAAGCCCAACAGCCAAUGCCACCAGAGGGUAUCACAAGACCGGCAGUCACUAAGGAAGUUGAGAAGAGUGCAGAGAAACCAACAGAAUCCUCCGGUUCAGCACAGUGCGAGGAGCCCUUGUUUACGAAGUUGUGUUCCCCAGCCCACCGACGCACUGCUGCCCUUGCAGUCCUCUCAGCCCAGUCCUCCAUGGAUGAAUCAUCCUCCUCUCUGGCCUCUCGCUCACGCUCUGUCUCACCUCUACGCUCCAAACACCAUGACGCCCUCCUCAUUGGUCUCUCUACGGGCAUGUUUGAUGCCAACAACCCCAAGAUGCUGCGGACAUGCUCUCUGCCAGACCUCAGUCGGGUCUUCAGCCCUCAGCAGGAAUCUGCAGUGACUAAUGCUAAUGCUGCCCCAGACAGCAAACUGGAAAUCGAGGACCUGGAUGAGGCAGCUAAAGAUGAUGACCAGUCAGAAACUGAAGAUGCAUAUGAGGAUGAAGACCUGCGGGACAUCCGGGCCUCCAUGGAGAGACUGCUGCAGGAAGAAGUUGGUGCAGGAGACUUCAACGGAAACCCUCCAGAGGGCGAAGACCAAGAGCUUUUCAACAGGAUAGCGGCUGAGAUUGAUCAAGACAACAAUCAGAUGGCUGUAGAUGAUGAUGAUGAUGAUGAUGAUGAUGAUGAUGAAGAAGAGGAGGAGGAGGAGGAGGAAGAAGAAUGUGAGGAGGAGGAUGAGGAGGACGAGGAUGAGGAAUGCUCUAAUGGCAGUCCUGGUGAUGAAGAAGCAGGGGAGCUGCUUACCAACGGUGUGGGAGAGGAGAACCACAGUAAUAACAGCCAGCUCAAUGAAGAGUGGCACUCAGAUGGCAGUGGGGAGGACCAGGGCGUAGAGGCUGCGCAUCAUGACAGCAUAUUCAGUCGUCUGGAAGAACUUCGCUUCGACCUGGAACAGCAGAUGGGCUUUGAGAAGUUCAUUGAGGCCUACAAUAAGAUUAAGGCUAUACAUGAAGAUGAAGAUGAGAAUAUUGACCUGGGCUCCAGUUUGGUGUUGAGCAUUUUGGGAACUGAGCACCAGCAUCUGUAUCCCAACAUCCUUCAUCUAGUGAUGGCAGAUGGAGCAUACCAAGAAGAUAAUGAUGAAUAAUGUUUUGUGCAAUGGAGCUGCUGGCAGCUAUGACAAUCUGCUAGCUUUCUGAUGUCUUCCCAUCACGCACAUCGUUGGCAGAAGGAUCUAUGCAUGAGGUGUCGCAGCCACGCAUCUAACAGUGUUUCAGGCACACUUGCAUGAUGAAUACCUAGUACACUCGAGACUGUUUUUCAUACUUUUGACUAUCAGCACCUGAUACUAUCUUCUCACCAGUGUUCAUUCAAAAGUGCAUUAUGAAGUACAUGUUCUUAUUAACCAAAGUUAACGUCAAGGUUCUGUCAAAUGUUCAUGAAAGUCUGUGUCUGUAAAUGAAACACAUGUAUGGUCACGUUGAUUAAUGGCAUAAACCCUGUUGUGUUUCAGUUUGUGGUUGGUUCAGUUAGAACUGCAGUGGCAUUUUAUUUCGGUGGGCAAAGAUCUGGUCCUCUCAGGUGCUCUCUUUCUAAUUGUCACAUACUCAACCAUAGCUUCAAAACACAAACCAGGUCACCAUCAACACAAAUGUACCAAGAUUUACUCAGAACCAGUUCAACCUCCUUUUCUUACAACUCUUUUCUCCAAACAAGAAGUUAAAUAUGAUCUAAUACAUUUUCCACAUUUCUUACUGUUUCAGUUAACCCAGAUUAAAAGAUUUCUUUGAGACUGCUGCUGUAUGAUGCCAAGUCCUGUAGCAAGGUUGUGGCAUGAGAGUGGUGGGCCGGGUCAGAUUGUUGUUCAGUGCGGAGAGCUGAUGAUGUGAGCAAUGGUACGGAUGUUAACAAUAAUUCAUAUUUGAUUAUAAAUUAAAUAUUGUAAAUCUUUAUAUAAAAUAAACACUUUUUUAAAGAA